AUGACCUCUUACAUAGUUGGAUUGCUGAGCAUGGAAGACGUCAUAUCCCAUGAACAGGACCGCGUCUUUUCCUGUCGCUCCAUUACCGCUCGCGACUGGGCGGAGUGGCCGCACAUCGCCUCAGAUAGCGCCGGUCGCCCGGAAAAUGGGCGCGUCUUCAUCGGCCCCACGAAAUCAGAGGCUCGGGCUUUGAAAUCAAAGCAUAUCACCUUUGCAGACUCUCAACGCCCAUCUAGUAGCUGCAAAUGCGCUACCUUCUCCCACAAUGGCAAGAUUCUGGCGGCAUCAUUCGACAGCAAUAACGUCCUCGUAUGGCGAGUCUCCGACGGUUUACUGGUUCAGCGCCUUCAUCAUCGCGGUCACGCAGAGCAGGUCUACUGCCUCUCCUUUUCCCCCACAGAGUACUCUAUCGUCUCUGGGUCUGAGGAUGCUACUGCCAUUAUCUGGGAUGUGCGGAGUGGCCAUGUACUUCUACGACUCGAGGGCCAUGGUGGGACAGUGCGCAGGGUCGAGUAUGCUCCUCAUGGAAGGCUCAUCGCGACUAGUUGUAGCGAUGACAGAUCUUUGAAAAUCUGGGACGCUUCGACUGGUCAACUCCGACACUCCUUCAGCGCUGAUCAGAGAAUAUUCAAGCUCGUCUUCUCUCCGGACAGUUCGCGUCUAUACGCCGAACUGCGCAGUUCCUGCCUCAUCUAUGACAUGGACACCUAUACCCACACCGCUACAAUAGAGCACGAAGUGGAGUCGAUGCUCAACUGGUCACUGUCUCGCCAAGGAGAUCGCAUAGUCACCGGAUCGCGAGAGCCGGGUCAAGUGAAGAUUUGGGAUGCGGUGACCGGCAAAGAGCUUCUCGCAAUUGGCCACCCGGUAAAGCUUUCAUAUCCCGUGGCGUUUUCCCCAGAUGGAACCGAGGUAUUGGCGGCUUGUGACGCAGACAAGACUGCUCUCACCUACGACUCGCAGACGGGCCAGCUACGCCGCGUCUUCGAGCUAUCAGAGGAACCAACUCAUGUGACGUACUCUCCGAACGGAGGUUAUCUCGCCUUACGCGCCAACCGCAGGCCUCUUCAAGUAUAUGCUGCGAAAUCUGGAACAUUCCUCGCAGAGUUCGAGUGGGGUGAAGACGACAGGAUGCUCGAGGAAACACACUUUCUACCUGACUGCCAAGCUCUCCUGACACGAUUCUCACGCGGACCCUUAGUUCUGUGUAACAUCCAUGAUGUAAUGCGAAUGCGGUAG